AUGUCUGGCCUUCUCGGAAAUGACAAGAAGCAGCAGGAGGGUGGUGUUGCUGACGGCGCGACCGGUGUUGCAAAGACGGGCACAGGCAUCUUGGGCAACACCUUGUCCGGAGUCACCAACACCGUCGGCGGUGUUGUCGGAGGUGCAAGCCGAGGUCUAGGUGAGACUGUCAACGCAGUCACUGGUGACGUUGGCAAGCCUCUUGGCGACGGAGUCUCCAACGUCGGUACGAGUGUCGAGGGUACAGGUCAGGAUGUGGCCAAGACGGCGCGAGAUGCUGGCCAGUGGAAGACCAACUAA